AUGUCUGCGGCUGCUCCUUUAGAAGAUCCGGAAGAAGAGCCUUACGAGGAGAAUCCGGAAGAAACUGUUUACUAUAAAAACUUAACAGUGGCUAAAGAUAUUCCCGUAAAAGAUAUACAUGGUGUGAUAAAGCAAAGAGAAGCAGAUGAAAACGCAGGAUUUAUCAAAGAAUUCAAGUCGCUUCCUUAUGGAGAAAGGUUUGACUGUACCAUUGCAAAGCAGGACGAUAACAUGCCAAAAAAUAGAUUUAAAACAACAUUUCCUUAUGAUCAUUCCAGAGUUAUUUUAGAAAUGAGUGACGGAUUUGAUUCAGAUUAUAUAAAUGCAAAUUACAUUGAAAAUAUGGAUGGGAAGCGCGAGUAUAUAGCUUGUCAAGGUCCACGAAGUAACACUAUUGUUGACCACUGGAGAAUGAUAUGGCAGGAACACGUUGAAUACAUUGUAAUGUUAACCAAUCUCAUUGAAGGACCCAAGGUGAAAUGCCAUCAAUAUUGGCCAAAUGAGAGCAAAGAACUGAAUCUCGGUGCUUUUUCUGUGAAGUUGAUUGAAGAAAAAAUAUAUGCAUACUAUGUUGUGAGGAAAAUGAAUCUUUGGAAGAAAAGGGUUACUGGUUCAAGGACGGUCGUACAAUUUCAUUUCACUAGAUGGCCAGACCAUGGGACACCUAAUCCUUUGAACCUGAUCGUGUUUCUCAGACAUUUCCGGCAUAAAAUUAGACCCUCCCAACAUCCAAUUAUUGUUCAUUGCAGUGCUGGUAUCGGUCGAACGGGAACGUUCAUUGCUCUGGACGUCCUCUCCAGAUACGGAGAAGAACAUGAUAAAAUCAACGUCAUUGAGUUUGUUAAAGCCAUGCGUAAAGAUAGGAUGACCAUGAUUCAAAACGCUGAUCAAUACGUCUUCCUUUACCACGCUCUAUUUGAGUGCUUCCGGAGAAAGGGGGGUUUCAUCAGCAGGACGGAGUUUAUUGAGUUAUAUGGCGAAAUGGAGAAACCGGAAACAAAGAAACGACUUAGGAAUGAGUUCAAUGCAUUAACAAGUUUAAAGCCAAACUACACAGCAGACGAUUUCAAAACAGGACGACAGCACAUAAAGCUUAGUUUUGCCACUUCUGUUUUACCAGUUGAAAGAUACAUUGUGUAUUUAACAUCAACUGUGAAGGGACGAGGGCAGUACUACAAUGCAGUGAAUGUCUCGUCGUUUACCAGAGCUGAGGAGUUUAUCUCUGCGCAAUAUCCGGUAUCAGGAGCAGCCAUUGAUCUUGCUCGAUUGCUGGUUGAUCAGAAUUCAACAUUCUUGAUCUCGCUGAACCCUUUAUCAGAAAUCAAAGAGAUAAAAGAUUGGGUUGACAGUAGAAUGAAGAAAAUUAAUUUGGCUCCAUAUGAAAUCACAAUGAUUACACAGGCAAUGGUGUCAAACAUUUUGCGGAAGACGGACAUUCAAAUCAAACGAAAUCAUAAUAAAUUGCAUCCAGUGCAGAUAUUUGAAUGUCUUAAUUGGAGUUUUCGUAAUAUUCUACCAGAAGAAACCUCUACGAUGACAAAUUUAAUAAAACAAUUCUGUUUGGAUAGAAAAUCUCAUCCAGAUGGUCCUAUAACCCUUGUUUCUAAGGAUGGAGCAACGUGUUGUGGAGUAUUCAUAGCUAUCUAUAAUGCAAUAGAACAACUACAAAAAGAUGACGAGGUUGACCUAUUAACCAUAGUACAGCAACUGCAGUGCCGCAGACCGGAAAUGAUAUCUACAAAGGAAGAUUACGAGUUUUGCUUCAAGGCAGUUUAUGAUUAUCUGAAUAUGGACAGCAUGUAUGCCAACACCUAG